GCUGUAACGCUCGUAGUGUUGGGGCAUGUGCCGACUGCACUUGCCUAGUGGCGUGAGUUCGGCAGCUAUAGGCUGAGCGUCCCUCGCUCUAAGCCGGGGAGUGAUAGGGAGGGCAAGUUAGAGGAGUUUAGCGGAAGAAAAAAAGAAAAAAAUAAUAAUAAUAAAAAAGGAAGAGCACACUGCCGCACGUGGAAUAUGAUCGAGUCGAACAGUACCCAACCGUCCCUUUAAGUCCAUGUUUACUGUCAGUGAAAUCAUGCUGUGGUAUCGUUGUUUUUUGUUUUUUAUACUGCAUAUAUACUCAUUAACGUCGGCAGAUUGGGAUAGAUCACGUCUGAAGGAUCCGCAAGAUGCUGGUCUCCGUCAAGAAAAGGUGUUUCCCGUUCUGCUGGACUCUAACGGUAAUCCUACAGAUAAGUGGGACCUAGAAAACACAACGAAAAGGUUCAAGUUCAAGGCGUUCAAUUUCCUUUUCUUCAUUGAAUUAGAACCAAGCAGCGAAUUUCUUUCCCCACAUUUUCAUAUGACUACGUUAGAAUCUUGGGGAAAGAAUGCCACUUGCAGGACUCAUUAUCCUAAAGACAAUUGUUAUUUUAAAGGAAAGUUUGUCGACGAAGACGAUUCCAUAGUUUCUCUUAGCCUGUGCCAAGGAAUGUUAGGCUUCCUGCACGCUUCACAUGGCGAUUAUGUCAUCGAACCCAUCGAUCCAUCAUCGUCGAAACGGCCUCAUCUAAUCACCAACGUAGGAAGAGAUUUAAGAAAAUCCACUCGGAGUUGUGACGAGGAUGAAUCAUUUGACUUCACAAAAUUAAAUAGGACAAGGCAGAAUAGACGUUUUCAUAGAAGAAGAAGAUCUGUAUCUGUGGAAAGGCAUUUAGAAGUUAUGGUGGUGGCAGAUAGUAAAAUGGCAAAUUAUCACAAAAGCAAUCUUAGGCAUUAUAUUUUGACGCUGAUGUCUACGGUUGCUCUCAUUUACAAGCAUCCAAGUAUAGGAAAUGACAUUAAUAUUGCUGUAGUCAAGCUACUGAUCAUGAAUGAAUCUCAGGACAGAGAGAUUAUUUAUCCAAGUGCAUCAAAAACCUUGCGUAAUUUUUGCAACUGGCAGCAGCUAUAUAAUGAUUAUAAUGAUUCCAGCCCACGUCAUCAUGACACUGCCGUUUUGCUCACCAGAGAAGACUUGUGCAGGCUACCAAAAACAUGUGAAACUUUAGGUCUAGCUCAGUCUGGAAUGGUAUGCGAUCCCUCCAGCAGUUGCGCUAUUGUUGAAGAUAAUGGACUGAGUGCAGCUUUCACCAUUGCUCAUGAAUUGGGACAUGUGUUAAGUAUUCCUCACGAUGACGAUCAUAAAUGUGCUCGGUUUAAUGAUGAAGGACAGAGAUUGCAUGUGAUGGCAAGGAUGUUAGAUUACAAUAGUCAUCCGUGGAGUUGGUCAAUGUGCAGCCGUCAUUAUAUUACAGCUUAUUUAGAUGCUGGAUUUGGACAAUGUAUGCUAGAUAAACCUACUAUUGACAAGCUUCAAUCUGAAGAACAUGCCAAUAAUCAGCCAGGACAAUCAUAUGAUAUGGAUAAUCAGUGUGAAUUAGUAUUUGGUAAAGGGUCAAAAAUAUGUCCUUAUAUGCCUGUCUGUAAACGUUUAUGGUGUACAAUGGAAGAUGUUACUCAGGGUGGUUGUAGAACACAGCAUAUGCCUUGGGCUGAUGGCACAAUAUGUGGUAAAGAGAAGUGGUGUCAACAAGGUGAAUGUGUGCGAAUGGAAUCUUCUCAAUAUCCAGUAGAUGGACAGUGGGGUAAAUGGCACAACUUCGGACCGUGUUCUCGUACCUGUGGUGGUGGUGUAAAGCGUGCCGAGAGAUUUUGUGAUAACCCAGCACCUGCUCGAGGAGGUAAAUACUGUAUGGGAAAGCGUGUAAAAUAUAGAUCUUGUCACACUCAGCCUUGUCCACACGGAUCUCAAGAAUUUAGAGAAGAGCAGUGUGCCGCAUUCAAUGGAAAAACAUUUAAUCUUCCUGGUUUAUAUUCAAAUGUAAAAUGGGUACCACAGUAUGCAGGAAUUGAUCCUCAAGAAUCGUGUAAGUUAUACUGUAGAGCUGUUGGUACAUCUGCUUACUUUGUCUUGAAAGACAAAGUGAUAGAUGGUACACCAUGCAGUCCAGAUACAUCAGAUGUGUGUGUCAACGGUAAAUGUUUACCAGCUGGUUGUGAUCAUAGACUUGAUUCCAAUAAAAAAUUUGACAUGUGUGGAAUAUGUGGAGGUGAUAAUUCUACUUGUAGAGUUGUAGCCGGUCAUUUCAAUAAUGUUGAAUAUGGUUAUAAUCAUAUUGUAUUAAUUCCUGCUGGGGCCAGUAAUCUAGACAUUCGACAAUUUGGUUAUCAAAAUUCUAAUGAUGAUAAUUAUUUAGCCUUAAGGGACAGUAAUGGAAAAUAUAUUUUAAAUGGAGAUUUUAUGGUGAGCAUGUUUCCAAAAACAUUGCAAUAUGGUGGCACACUUUUAGAAUAUACUGGGUCUGAUUCAAUAAUUGAAAGAAUUAAUACAACAAAGCAACUGAAGAAGGAUCUUAUUGUAAUGGUUUUGACAGUUGGUAAACUUCAUUCCCCUGAUGUGAGAUUCCAAUAUACAGUUUCUUUAUCAGAUGCUCAAAGAUAUGAAUGGGAUUUGGAAAAACAAUGGUCACAGUGCAGUAGAGCUUGCCAAGGUGAACAAUAUCGCCAACCAGUAUGUGUUGAAAUAAACAAUCGUAGAAUAGUGAACGAUGCUCAUUGCCUAGAAAAUCGUAAACCUCCUCAACUUGCACAAGUUUGUAAUUUACAAUGUUCUCUAAGAUGGCAAGUGGUACAAAAGAGCGAAUGUUCUACUAAUUGUGGAAAGGGAACAAGGAAAAGAGUAUUUAAAUGUAUACAACAGUCUGACGAUGGCAUUCAAAUGCUUGAAGAUAACUUAUGUGAUCAUUUAGGACCAAAACCUGAAGACGAUGAAGAAUGUGAGGGACCAUGUUCAAAUACUCAUUGGGAAUUUGGAAAAUGGUCUAGAUGUUCUCAGACAUGUGGUCAAGGAAUGGAAACACGUUCUGCCAAAUGUGUAGAUGCACAGAAUGAGACACAGUCUGAAUCGUUAUGUGAUAGUAAAGCCAAACUCAUUUCUAGGCCAUGUAAUUCUGGUCCUUGUCCAUAUUGGGAAGUAGGAGAAUGGACACAGUGUUCUGUGACGUGUGGCACAGGGGAACGACAUAGACCAUAUUGGUGCCGUUAUAUAAAUCAAGUAGUUAGUGGUUCAUUUUGUGAUUCAACCUCUGUGCCAUCUCACAAGGAACAAUGUCAAAUGGCAUCUUGUGCACAAUGGAAAUUUGGUAACUGGGGACCAUGUACUGCAAGUUGUGGUCAAGGAUAUUCUAAACGUGAAGUAUAUUGUGAAUUGGAUAGUCAAGUUGUUGAUGACGACCAAUGUGAUACAAAACUUAAGCCGAGUUCCAAUAAAGAAUGCCGCCUUCCAUCUUGUGUAACAACCACGACUACUAGCACCACUGUGGAACCAAUUACUGAUACCACAAGUAAUAAUUAUUUGCCUCCUCUUCCUCUGCCAUUAGUUCAAGAAGAAACAACUGAGAGGCACUUUACCACUACUGAAGCUCCAGAAAAUGCUGAAUGGAAACCUGGAGAUUGGUCUGAAUGCUCUGUAACUUGUGGAAGAGGAAUCAAAAAACGCCAAAUUGUUUGUUAUAAUCCAAUCAGAAAACAGGUACUCCAUGACUCUAGGUGUGAUAUUUCAUUGCAGCCACCUGUAUUAGAAAUAUGUGAAGUCCAACCAUGCGGGCAAUGGAUAAUUGGAGAAUGGAGUCAAUGUCCCGUGACAUGUGGUGAAGGGGUAUCUGUUAGAACAGUAAUGUGUAUGAAAGAUAAUGAGAAAAAAGAAGAUCAAGAUUGUGAUCAAACAAAUCGCCCAGCAAGUGAAAGGCUAUGUAGUAUUUCACCAUGUGAUAUUCUUCCUGUUCAAGCUCCUGAAAUUCCACAUAUUUCCCAUAAUAGUGUAGAAGGUGUUUCUUACUGGAGAACUGGACAUUGGGGAGAAUGUUCAAAAUCAUGUGGAAAAGGACAAAAACGAAGACAAGUUGCUUGUUAUGAUGAGGCAGGUCAUAUUAGUAAUCAAUGUUCACUGCAUCAUAAACCCCCAACUGUUUCAUCAUGUAAUAAUGAUCCUUGUCCAAGUUGGAUUACUAGUGAAUGGAGUAUGUGCAGUCAUAGUUGUGGGGGUGGAAUCCAAAUACGAUCAGUUCACUGCCAAACUGCAGAUAAAAAUGAUUUAUCUGAAGACCGUUGCGAUUUUGAUAAGAAACCUUCCACUAGACAAGAAUGUAACCAACACCAUUGCACACAUUCUCUUCAUUAUCGUUGGGAAGUAGAACAGUGGACUCAAUGUAAUGUAUCCUGUGGUACAGGACACAAAUACAGACAUGUGUAUUGCCAGGAUAGUAGACAUUCUAUCGUCUCUGAUAAAAGAUGCACUACUAAAAAACCUCGAACUGUUAGAAAAUGUAAAGGAACAGAGUGUCCUUUUUAUGUCUGGAAAACAGAAGAUUGGUCUGAGUGUUCUGAAUCUUGUGGAAAGGGCUUACAGAAACGUAAAGUUACAUGUCACCAACUGAAUCACUAUGGAUGGAUGAAUCCCAAUAGUGUCACUCAACCUUCUAAACAUGGAGAUCCAUGGUGUGAUUUAAAAAGCCGUCCAACAGAUGUUAAAGCAUGCAAUCUAGGAAGAUGUGAUAGUAAUACAUAUUGGAGGGUUGGAUUAUGGAAUGAAUGUUCACAUGAAUGUGGAAAAGGAAAACAAAAAAGAAAAGUGCAGUGUAUAAAUUCACAUGGAAAACGAAUUCCCCAAAGGAGAUGUGAAAUGUCAUUAAAACCAAAGCGAAGAAGAAAUUGCAAUAAACAACCAUGUACACCCACUAGUUGUAGUGAUUUGCAAAGAAGAAAUAUUAGGGAAGAUGGAGAAUAUCAAAUACAAGUGAGAGGUCGUUCUGUGAGAGUUUAUUGUUCUGGAAUGAAUACAAGUAGUCCACGAGAAUAUAUCACCCUUAUUAGUGGAGAAGGUGAUAAUUACUCAGAAAUUUAUGAUAAAAGGUUAGUGAAACCAGAAACAUGUCCUCACAAUGGUAUGCGUCAGGAUAAUUGUGAAUGCAUAAAUGAUGACCGAGCUGGAGCAGGACUUUCUACAUUUUUUCGAAUUGGAAUAAAUAUCACUUCAUUGCAAAUUAUGACUCACGAUUUUACCUUCAGCCAAACGCAUCAUGGACAUCAGGUACCCUAUGGAGAAUCUGGUGAUUGUUACAGUAUGAGACAUUGUCCUCAGGGCAGAUUUUCUAUUAAUUUAAUGGGAACAGGAUUUAUAGUUUCUCCAAAGACAAGAUGGGUAAAGCAAGGUAAUCGACCAGCUUCCAAGAUUCAAAAAUUAGAGAAUGGACAAGUGGUUCAGGGAAAGUGUGGAGGAUAUUGUGGGAAAUGUGGACCAGAUUCCAAUAUAGGAUUAUUAUUGGAUGUUGCUCCUCCUUGUGAACAAUAUCGCCAACCAGUAUGUGUUGAAAUAAACAAUCGUAGAAUAGUGAACGAUGCUCAUUGCCUAGAAAAUCGUAAACCUCCUCAACUUGCACAAGUUUGUAAUUUACAAUGUUCUCUAAGAUGGCAAGUGGUACAAAAGAGCGAAUGUUCUACUAAUUGUGGAAAGGGAACAAGGAAAAGAGUAUUUAAAUGUAUACAACAGUCUGACGAUGGCAUUCAAAUGCUUGAAGAUAACUUAUGUGAUCAUUUAGGACCAAAACCUGAAGACGAUGAAGAAUGUGAGGGACCAUGUUCAAAUACUCAUUGGGAAUUUGGAAAAUGGUCUAGAUGUUCUCAGACAUGUGGUCAAGGAAUGGAAACACGUUCUGCCAAAUGUGUAGAUGCACAGAAUGAGACACAGUCUGAAUCGUUAUGUGAUAGUAAAGCCAAACUCAUUUCUAGGCCAUGUAAUUCUGGUCCUUGUCCAUAUUGGGAAGUAGGAGAAUGGACACAGUGUUCUGUGACGUGUGGCACAGGGGAACGACAUAGACCAUAUUGGUGCCGUUAUAUAAAUCAAGUAGUUAGUGGUUCAUUUUGUGAUUCAACCUCUGUGCCAUCUCACAAGGAACAAUGUCAAAUGGCAUCUUGUGCACAAUGGAAAUUUGGUAACUGGGGACCAUGUACUGCAAGUUGUGGUCAAGGAUAUUCUAAACGUGAAGUAUAUUGUGAAUUGGAUAGUCAAGUUGUUGAUGACGACCAAUGUGAUACAAAACUUAAGCCGAGUUCCAAUAAAGAAUGCCGCCUUCCAUCUUGUGUAACAACCACGACUACUAGCACCACUGUGGAACCAAUUACUGAUACCACAAGUAAUAAUUAUUUGCCUCCUCUUCCUCUGCCAUUAGUUCAAGAAGAAACAACUGAGAGGCACUUUACCACUACUGAAGCUCCAGAAAAUGCUGAAUGGAAACCUGGAGAUUGGUCUGAAUGCUCUGUAACUUGUGGAAGAGGAAUCAAAAAACGCCAAAUUGUUUGUUAUAAUCCAAUCAGAAAACAGGUACUCCAUGACUCUAGGUGUGAUAUUUCAUUGCAGCCACCUGUAUUAGAAAUAUGUGAAGUCCAACCAUGCGGGCAAUGGAUAAUUGGAGAAUGGAGUCAAUGUCCCGUGACAUGUGGUGAAGGGGUAUCUGUUAGAACAGUAAUGUGUAUGAAAGAUAAUGAGAAAAAAGAAGAUCAAGAUUGUGAUCAAACAAAUCGCCCAGCAAGUGAAAGGCUAUGUAGUAUUUCACCAUGUGAUAUUCUUCCUGUUCAAGCUCCUGAAAUUCCACAUAUUUCCCAUAAUAGUGUAGAAGGUGUUUCUUACUGGAGAACUGGACAUUGGGGAGAAUGUUCAAAAUCAUGUGGAAAAGGACAAAAACGAAGACAAGUUGCUUGUUAUGAUGAGGCAGGUCAUAUUAGUAAUCAAUGUUCACUGCAUCAUAAACCCCCAACUGUUUCAUCAUGUAAUAAUGAUCCUUGUCCAAGUUGGAUUACUAGUGAAUGGAGUAUGUGCAGUCAUAGUUGUGGGGGUGGAAUCCAAAUACGAUCAGUUCACUGCCAAACUGCAGAUAAAAAUGAUUUAUCUGAAGACCGUUGCGAUUUUGAUAAGAAACCUUCCACUAGACAAGAAUGUAACCAACACCAUUGCACACAUUCUCUUCAUUAUCGUUGGGAAGUAGAACAGUGGACUCAAUGUAAUGUAUCCUGUGGUACAGGACACAAAUACAGACAUGUGUAUUGCCAGGAUAGUAGACAUUCUAUCGUCUCUGAUAAAAGAUGCACUACUAAAAAACCUCGAACUGUUAGAAAAUGUAAAGGAACAGAGUGUCCUUUUUAUGUCUGGAAAACAGAAGAUUGGUCUGAGUGUUCUGAAUCUUGUGGAAAGGGCUUACAGAAACGUAAAGUUACAUGUCACCAACUGAAUCACUAUGGAUGGAUGAAUCCCAAUAGUGUCACUCAACCUUCUAAACAUGGAGAUCCAUGGUGUGAUUUAAAAAGCCGUCCAACAGAUGUUAAAGCAUGCAAUCUAGGAAGAUGUGAUAGUAAUACAUAUUGGAGGGUUGGAUUAUGGAAUGAAUGUUCACAUGAAUGUGGAAAAGGAAAACAAAAAAGAAAAGUGCAGUGUAUAAAUUCACAUGGAAAACGAAUUCCCCAAAGGAGAUGUGAAAUGUCAUUAAAACCAAAGCGAAGAAGAAAUUGCAAUAAACAACCAUGUACACCCACUAGUUGUAGUGAUUUGCAAAGAAGAAAUAUUAGGGAAGAUGGAGAAUAUCAAAUACAAGUGAGAGGUCGUUCUGUGAGAGUUUAUUGUUCUGGAAUGAAUACAAGUAGUCCACGAGAAUAUAUCACCCUUAUUAGUGGAGAAGGUGAUAAUUACUCAGAAAUUUAUGAUAAAAGGUUAGUGAAACCAGAAACAUGUCCUCACAAUGGUAUGCGUCAGGAUAAUUGUGAAUGCAUAAAUGAUGACCGAGCUGGAGCAGGACUUUCUACAUUUUUUCGAAUUGGAAUAAAUAUCACUUCAUUGCAAAUUAUGACUCACGAUUUUACCUUCAGCCAAACGCAUCAUGGACAUCAGGUACCCUAUGGAGAAUCUGGUGAUUGUUACAGUAUGAGACAUUGUCCUCAGGGCAGAUUUUCUAUUAAUUUAAUGGGAACAGGAUUUAUAGUUUCUCCAAAGACAAGAUGGGUAAAGCAAGGUAAUCGACCAGCUUCCAAGAUUCAAAAAUUAGAGAAUGGACAAGUGGUUCAGGGAAAGUGUGGAGGAUAUUGUGGGAAAUGUGGACCAGAUUCCAAUAUAGGAUUAUUAUUGGAUGUUGCUCCUCCUUGACUCUGAUUCAUUUUAGGAUCCAACAGUAUAUAUAUACAUAUAUAUAUAUAUAUAGUUCAUUGAACUGAAAAUCAGCAUUUUGUUGUUCCAUCUAUGAUCAGUCCAUUUUUUUCAAUGUGUUUGUAUCUAUAUAUAUUUAAAACACACAGCAUUGUGUUCAUCCAUACUGUCAGCUGACUGACACAUUCUCGAAGCACAACUAGAUCUGAAAGAAAUAUGCUGUUGUAAACAGCAUCUUAAAUGAAAGACAGUCAACAAGAUGCACCAAGACAACAAAAGAUACUGGUUUCUAAUAUCUAUCUUAAUAUUGGCAUCCUAGAACACUUUAAAAUUAUCAUAGAAAUAUUGUAGGCUGUAAAUAAUAUCUGGUUCUAUAAUCAAUAGUCACGAAUCUCAUACCAAAGACAAUAAUACUUCCUCUGAAGCUUUUCAGUGCCGACUUAUUAACAGACUGGAUCUAUACUAUGUUAACUCUAAUUUAAUAGAUUGGUGCUAAAAAAAAACCAAACAAUUAUUUGCCUGAUAUUGUUAUAGAUUAUUAAUAUUUGUUAUGAAUGCAAAAAUUGAAAUGACCAGUAUUACACCAAGAGUCUGUUAAAUAACUACCUCUGGAUGCCUGAUUUGUUUAUAAAUAUUAAUUGCCAUGAAUCAGAAGAUCUGCCUUAUAUUUAUUUGUAUGCUGUAAAAUUACUUUUUGCAUCUCUCAAUUAUAUUCAUUCUUUUGUACACUGCCAUUUUUGUUUAGAUUGUUCAUCUAUAAAAAUCAAAGUCCUCGAGAGGCAGCUAUCAAUCAGAAUACAGUGACGUCCACUCGACGAGCUCAAAAACACACUGCAGAGCAAUAUCAGCUGAAUGGAUGUCUUAAAAGAUAUAUUUUUAUUGUUUACCAUUGUUGUCUCGUGCUUCAAUGUGUGCUUUGUCAUUUUGGAACAUUGCUGAUCACUGCCACUAUUCGACAAGGGGAACUAACAGAUGUCACAUAAAUCAUGGGGAAGUUAAAAAUUGGAUUAACAAAUUAAGCAGAUUUGGUAUUUAAAGAAAUAGUACUUUUUUAUGCUUUUAAAUAAGAUGACUAACUAUCUGUAAAAGCAAUGUAAAAACUAUAUAGUUUUUCAUUUGUAAAUAUUAUGUACAAAGCCUUGUGACUUAAACUACUAUGUAUUUAUAAUCUAUGGACCAACUAAACUUUCUUACCCCUACUGUAGGGGCUUGUU